AUGCCCCAAAGCUCCCCACAAAUGGAGGGCGGGCACCAUUACUUGAAUGGUAGCCCGAGAGUGAUUUUCUUCACUGAUUUCGACGGAACUGUUACUUUGCAGGACUGCAAUGACUACCUAGUCGACAAUUUUGGCUUCGGGGCCGAAAAACGCCGGAUGCUUGAGCUAGAAGUCCUAAAUGGAACUUUGGCAUUCAGGGAUGCUUUUCAGGCCAUGCUUGACAGCGUGCGAUUGCCUUUCAACGAGUGCCUUCGCAUCGUGCAGGAAAGUAUACAGCUCGACCCCGGUUUUGUCAACUUCUAUCUCUGGGCAAAAGAGAAAAGUAUCCCGAUUGUGAUUCUGUCAUCAGGAAUGACGCCUAUGAUAGAGGCAUUACUGUUUUCCUUAUUCGCCGGCAAGCCUAGCAAUAUAUAUGUCAAUGCAAACAACAUCGCACCUCACAACGGUAAACAUAUCAACAUGGUUGGUGGAUGGCAGAUUAAAUAUCGCGACGAAAGGCAAGUGGGCCAGUGA